AUGGAUCGCCGGACAAUUACCACGAGAAAAAGCUUGAAGCGAAAAUUGGAGCAAGAUUUCGAACACGAAAAUCUAGAUCGCCGCAAGAUUCCAGCCACCGAUAGCUAUGAGAGUCACCAAAAACUAACGCGUCUUAUUCAAUCGCAAGUUGAUAUCCUCAAUUGUACCUUUUCUUCUCUCGAAGCCGAUCGCGCCGCCGCCAAGCGCGCCACUAGCGCCCUCUCUCAAUCUGCCAAGAACGAGGAAAUAGUGGAUAUUAUCGUGGAUUGUGGUGCGGUGCCUGCGUUGGUGAUGCACCUUCAAACACCACCGCCUUUGCGAGGUGAAAAUGGUCCAAAACUGUAUGAACAUGAAGUGGAGAAAGGAAGCGCUUUCGCUCUUGGACUUCUUGCUGUAAAACCGGAGCAUCAACAAAUAAUAGUAGAUGCUGGAGCUUUGACCCAUCUCGUGGAAUUGUUGAAGAGACAUAAGAGUGCUGAUAACUCUCGAGCAGUCAAUGGUGUUGUUAGGAGAGCAGCUGAUGCAAUCACUAAUCUUGCUCAUGAGAAUAGUGGCAUUAAAACACGUGUCAGGAUUGAAGGUGCCAUCCCCUCUCUUGUUGAAUUGCUUGAGCAUGCUGAUAUUAAGGUACAGAGAGCAGCUGCAGGUGCCUUGCGGACCCUUGCGUUUAAAAAUGACGAGAACAAAAAUCAGGUAGAGGGGAUUCCUGCUACAUUCAUCCACAUGGUUGGUGUGAUUGGAAAUCUGGUUCACUCUUCCCCACACAUAAAGAAAGCAGUUCUUCUUGCUGGAGCUUUACAACCUGUAAUUGGAUUGCUAAGUUCUUCCUGUUCAGAAAGCCAAAGAGAAGCAGCUUUGUUAUUGGGUCAGUUUGCAGCUGCUGAUUCAGAUUGCAAGGUGCACAUUGUUCAGAGAGGAGCUGUAAAGCCAUUGAUUGACAUGCUUGAGUCCUCAGAUGUGCAGCUCAAAGAAAUGUCAGCGUUUGCACUCGGGAGGUUGGCACAGGAAACACACAACCAAGCUGGCAUUGCCCAUAAUGGUGGUAUCAUUCCAUUACUUAGGCUACUUGAUUCAAAAAGCGGACCACUCCAACAUAAUGCUGCAUUUACCCUAUAUGGUCUUGUGGAUAAUGAGGAUAAUGUUGCAGAUCUUAUCAAGGUUGGGGGUUUCCAGGAACUCCAAGAUGGAGAAUUCAUUGUACAACAAACGAAGGAUUGUGUUGCCAAAACAAUGAAAAGGCUAGAGGAGAAGAUUCGUGGACGAGCAUUGAACCAUCUCUUAUAUUUGAUGCGGGUUGCAGAAAGGAAUAUUCAAAGGCGAGUUGCUUUGGCUCUUGCUCAUCUUUGUGCUCCUGAUGACCGAAAAGCAAUUUUUCUUGAUAAAAACGGAUUAGAUUUGCUGUUGGGGCUUCUUGAGUCUGGAAACUUGAAGCAGCAAUGUGAUGGUUCAGUGGCCCUGUACAAGUUGGCUACCAAAGUCACUUCAGUCUCUCCUGUGGAUGCAGCUCCUCUAUCUCCAACCCCACAGGCAAUCAGGCCAUGCUGGGCACAGGUGUACUUGGGUGAGCAAUACGUUAACAACCCUACUUUGGCUGAUGUGACAUUCUUAGUUGAAGGAUCAGUGGAAGUCAAUAUAGAUAUUGCUCAGGAUCUGCUUAGAGCUGCUGACCAAUAUCUUUUAGAUGGUCUCAAGCGUCUCUGUGAAUGUACCAUCGCACAGGAUAUUACUGUGGAAAAUGUCUCUCUCAUGUAUGAGUUGUCAGAGGGAUUCAAUGCUAUGUCAUUAAGGGACGCAUGCAUUCUGUUCAUAUUGGAGCAAUUUGACAAAUUAUGCACCAAGCCAUGGUCAUCUAGCUUGAUCCAGCGCAUCAUGCCUGAGAUACGCAAUUACUUUGAGAAAGCACUUAGCAAGCCUACCAAGCUAAUUUUAGAUUGA